GGCGUUUCGCUUUCCUUCAGUAUCUCAAGAGUCCAACUUUAGAAGGAGAGAGCUUUUUCUACCGCUGCAGCUUCACGACAAGGUCAAUUCGCUAGAGAGAACAUGUCGUGGAGAGGAAAGCGAAAAGACGAUGGUGUCCGAGCAUCAGAUGACGACUCUGAAGCCCACGCGCCGGCUAAGAAAGUCGCAAAGCCAGCCGAGGACUCCGAGGAGUCUGACGACAUCGUCGUCUGCAAUAUAUCGAAGAAUAGGAGAGUCUCUGUGAGGAACUGGAACGGCAAGAUUUGGAUUGACAUUCGUGAGUUCUAUGUCAAGGACGGCAAAACUCUCCCCGGCAAGAAAGGUAUCUCUCUAAGCGUUGACCAGUGGAACACUCUUCGGAACCACGCAGGGGAUAUCGACAAGGCGCUCUCUGAUCUUUCUUAGCUUUAAAAAGUUUGUAUAAUUAGUAGUAAACUCUAGUAGAAGAUGACUCAGUGUUUUUUUUUGUUUUUUUUUGGAUCAUCUAAAGCCUUUUGACAGAACACUAUAUGUUCUGUAACUGUAAGCUUUGGUGUAUCUUUCUAUCUCUUUUGGUUCAGACAAGUCUUGUUUGGACGUCAAUUUUAUGCAUUUAAAAUGAAGAUUACUCUUUAUUU